GACUUAGAGGACGUCAACCUCGACCUCCUGUUUCAGAUCGGCAGCGUGCUCCAUGCAGCUGAUCGGCCCUACGUGCUGGGAGGGGAUUGGCAGAACCUACCUGAGUCCCUCAACUGCCUGCGGUGGCCCAAGGCGGCGAAGGGAGAGGUAGUCGCGCCCGACCCAGCCACGUGCUACACCGCCAACAGCGCCAGGGUCAUUGACUAUUUCUUGGUUCGUCAGGAUCUGCAUGGCUGCAGAGCCCGCACCUUCGAUGGACUAUCCGUUACCCCGCACAAGGGCGUCAUUUGGGAGCUUAAUGUCCAACACGUCCCGCUCAAGGCCUUUCCUUCGAGACAGCUUGUGGGGCCACAGCUACCUGGACCUGACUGGCAGGCGGUGCAGGACAUGGCUGCGGCAGUCGACACGACGAGCGAGCUGGACGCGGCGUUCUGUGGCUGGCUGGGGCGCUAUGAGGACGAGCUGCUACACCACUUCGGCUGCGAGCAGCCUGAGCGAUACCGUGGACGCUCCGACGGCAUUCGCCUUGUGUACUCGACCCUGCAGAUGCACUGCCGCGGUCAGGCGAAAGGGCGCGGCGCCGCUGACCCGAGCGAAGGACACUGGCAGUGGCUAGCCCAGCGGCUUCGCGAAUGGAGAUGGCGGCGUGCAGCGGUCCACUCCAACCCCAGCCGCGACGGUCAGCAACGACUAUGGCGCCUACAGCUACGUCUUAUGAAGUACGCCCUCCCACAGCCCACACGUUGGUCUGAAACGUGGGAAGCCUGGCGCUCCUUGGUACGACGACUGGACCGUCUGAGCGAGGAUGACCUCGACCACUUGAUGCACGACUUGAAGAAGUGCGCCGACCGUGCGGCUAGCCAAGCCUCAUAUCGGCGCUACAAGGCGUGGGUGGACUGGUCCCACGACUCCACCACCGACGGCAGCAUGCGGCGCGCAUACAAGUGGAUCAAGCAGGAUGCCCCGCGGGCGUGCACCAACGCCACGGCAGGGCCAGGCGUCGCUAAGUCUAUCGCGGACGAAGCACGUGACGCUGUCCAACCCUGGCACGACCCAUGGGGGCAUGGCCAGGGCAUCGGGGCAGUACUUUGGCCUGACGACAUCGGCGUGAUCGAGCUGCCGACGAUCGACGACCUUCGGAAGACGGCGCACACCUUCAAGUCAGACACUGGGCUGGGCUGUGACGUUGUUCACCCUCGCCACAUGAUUUUUCUCAGUGAUGAGGCACUUCAGGCACUGCUGACGCUCUGGAGUUCGAUGCUGCAGCUUGGCCACGUCCCGGCUGCUGCGGGCGAGUGGGCCACGCACAGUGGUAAGACCUGCUUGUCCAUUCUGCUGGACCUGUCCAAAGCAUACGAGUAUAUCAGCUGGCAUCGUCUGACUGCUCGAGCCAACGAACUUGGGUUCAACAUGUGCUUGCUACGGCUGCUGAUCAAGCUGUACGCCAUGCCCAGGUUCCUCUCAUGCGAAGGCAUUGUAUUCGACCGGAUGACGCCCAUGCGCGGCGUGGUGGCUGGAUGCUCCUUUGCAGAUCUGAUGAUGCGCGCUUUUCCCAUUCCCAUUUUGGACGACCUGGUGGUGCGACCUGGGAUUUCAGUCGGCAACGUGGCCGACGAUAUCCAGAUGCAGGCCACAGGCGCUAGGGCCAAUGUGGCGCAGCAGCUCAGCAAGGCGUAUCGCCAAGCUAGGAGUGCCCUGCAGGACGCCGAGCUGCUGCUGAACGAAAAGAAGGGCAAGCUCGUCGGCAACGAUUUCCAGGCCAGCGUGGACCUCGGCAAGCGCUGCCCCUCGUUCAUACAGGCCAGAGACCAGUCGACGCGCAACCUGGGCUGCGACUACAGCUGCGGCAAGCGGCACGGCAUGCAGACGCGGCUGGGGCGCCUGGGCAAGGUAAUACGGCGCAGUGUAAGAAUCAGGGCACCCCGCAGGGCCAGGGGUAAAUGCAAGCAGCUUGUCAGCAUGGGGCUCGUCCCUGCUGGGACUUGGGGCGAUGGGGUCACUGGAAGGUCUUGGAGCGGUGUGAUGGCCCUCAGGAGGGCUGCACGGGCUGCCUUGGUCCCCCACACGGCUCGCAGAUCCCUCACCAUCGAUCUGACGUUGGUUCUUGGAGAUACCACGGCUGUCGACCCCGCCUACCCCUGCGCGGUGAACCCCAUCGCGAUGCUUGCACAGGCCUUCUGGGACUCUUGGGUGCCUCGGGAGAUCCUCUGCCGCAUGCUUUUCGACGCGGAUAAGUCCCUUCGUGAGGCCCGCCCGCCGUGGAGUAAGGCAUGGCUCCUCGACAAGGCCCGCUGUGGAGAAGACUACCUCCAGUCUCUCUCCCACGGCCCCUGCCUCGCCCCACUCAAGGCCCUCGUGUCCAGGCGCACUGAUGACGACUGGACUGGCAUGCAUAAGGCCACG